AACCCUGAAGAGAUGGAAAGAAGGGACACCGUAGCAACCCGUCGGCCGUAUCGUGUGUUCAUAAGUAUAUACCUGCAAUUCACCUGAAUACCUGAUGGACCAGUGGACGAUCGAUCAGGGAGAAAAGAUGCUUCAUGGCUUUGCAUUGCAUGUACCGUACGUAGCUGGGCCAGAUAGAUAUAGAUGGAUGGAUGUGAAUGGAUGUGUGUACAUGUUGCUAGUUGAGUUUGUGAGUAGUCGACGUCGACCAUAGCAGCAUGCAUGUACGUGAGUAUGUAUGCAAACACUGUUAGCUAGCAGUGAUAGAUGGAUGCGAUCGAUAAAGAGAUGCAAAGGUUUUGAAGCUUUAAUGCCACCCUUUCUGUCCCUUAAAAAGCUUACCUCGCUCGCCCAUUCUACUUCCAUUCUCUUCACACCAUCACAUGUAGUGCGUGUACUCCUAGAGCUUAGCUAGAGCUAGCUUCCUCUCGUUGAUAGCUUGAUACAUCUCUCUCGAUUCGUAGAGAGUUUGGUUGGUUGAUAGCUAGCUCGACGGCGCGGCCAUGGCGGCGGCGUCUCAUGCGCCGAGGUCGGUGGUGGUGAGUUCGUCGUCGCCUGCGGCGGCGAUUGCCACGGCCGGCUGCGUGGUGGACACGAACACGACGUUCGUGCAGGCCGACCCGGCGACGUUCCGGGCGCUCGUGCAGAAGCUGACGGGCGCGCCGGGGAGCGGCGGCAGCAAGCCGGCGCCGGCGGCGCCGGUGAUGAGGAGGCCGAAGCUGCAGGAGAGGCGGCGCGCGGCGCCGGCGAGGCUGGAGCUCGCGCGGCCGCAGCCGCUGUACUACAGCCACCACCACCACAGGCUGAUGCACUCGCCGGUGUCGCCCAUGGACUACGCCUACGUGAUGGCCUCCUCCUCCUCGUCGUCGUCGUCCUCGCUGCCGUCGUCGUCGUCCUCGCUGUCGCCGUCGCCGCCGGCGUCGUCGUCGUCGUGCGGGGUGGUGGUGAUAACCAAGGAGGAGGAGGAGAGGGAGGAGAAGGCCAUCGCCUCCAAGGGGUUCUACCUGCACUCGUCGCCGAGGAGCGGCGGCGCCGGCGACGGCGAGAGGCCCAAGCUGCUGCCGCUGUUCCCCGUCCACUCCCCCAGGAGCUCCUCCUUUGCCAGAUCUUAAUUUAUUAAUUAAUCAGCCUUAAUUAUCUUGUUAAUCCCGGCGAUGCCAUGCUUAAUUAAUCCUUUGUAGCACCAAGCUAUCUAUCUGUAUUAAUCAAUUAGAUGAUCAAUAUAUCAAUCCAUGCAACAUCCAUUGCUGGUUAUGAUUAGGUCUUGAUCAGUUAAUCAACUCUCUGCAUAUCUCUACAUUAAUUAAUUUCAAUUCAA